UGGAGAGCGAGAGAGAGAAAAUGAGAGAGAGAAAGAGAGUAGAGUAAGAGAGCAACAGAGACAGGGCAGUGUGAGAUAGUGAGUGAGGACAGAGUGAGAGAAGCAGAGAUUGUUGAAGAGGAGAGAAGGGCUACAGUGUUUGCAGCGGACAGAUCGGGGGGAAUUAAAGCAGCCUCAUUACCUCCAGGCUGAAUCAUUUGAUCGUCGUAGCUCAGGAGUGGCGCUAAACCUGGUGAGCAAAGCUUCCGUCUCCUCUGGUGGAAACGAUCAGGAUCCCCUCAGGCAGCCAUGUCGGACCAGGAAGACCUCAACAAAAUGGCGGGCCACUGGAACGCGUCGUCGGACUACCAGCUGAACCCGGCCAGCGUGAUCGUGUCGGUGGUCUUCUCGCUCAUCUUCCUGCUGGGCACGGUGGGGAACAGCCUGGUCCUGGCAGUGCUCCUCCGGAACGGGCAGAUGGGCUACAACACCACCAACCUGUUCAUCCUCAACCUGAGUGUGGCCGACUUCUUCUUCAUCAUCUUCUGCGUGCCCUUCCAGGCCACCAUCUACUCCCUGGAGGGCUGGGUGUUCGGCUCCUUCAUGUGCAAGGUGGUGCACUUCUUCAUCAACCUCACCAUGUACGCCAGCAGCUUCACGCUGGCCGCCGUGUCCGUCGACAGGUACCUGGCCAUCCGUUACCCCCUGCGCUCCAGAGAGCUGAGAACUCCGUGCAAUGCGGUGGUCGCCAUGGUGAUCAUCUGGGGCCUGUCGUUGAUCUUUGCGGGGCCCUACCUGAGCUAUUAUGACCUCAUCGACUUCGACAAUGGCAACGUGUGCGUGCCGGGGUGGGAGGAGUACAACCGGAAGGUUCUGGACACCUGCACCUUCGUGUUCGGGUACGUGAUACCGGUGCUCAUCGUCAGCCUGUCCUACACCAGGACCAUAAAGUACCUGUGGACCGCCGUGGACCCCCUGGACGGCAUGUCCGAGUCCAAACGGGCCAAGCGGAAGGUGACCAAGAUGAUCAUCAUCGUCACCGUGCUCUUCUGCAUCUGCUGGCUGCCCUACCACGUGGUGAUCCUCUGCUACCUGUACGGGGACUUCCCCUUCAACCAGACCACCUACGCCUUCCGGCUGCUCUCCCACUGCAUGGCCUACGCCAACUCCUGCCUCAACCCCAUCGUCUACGCCCUGGUGUCCAAGCACUUCCGCAAGGGUUUCAAGAAGGUCUUCAGCUGCAUCCUCAGCAAGAAGGGCCGGAACAAGGUCCACGUGGUGCACGUGGCCAACACCGUGCCCGGGUUCGAGGCCGGGUCCACGGAGGUGUCCCACGUGAACGAGGAGAACAACGGGCCCCAGAACGACUGCGAGAUGGGGAACCGGCCCCUCGCGGCCCCGCAGGACGCCCUGGCGACGGAAGCCUCGCCUUUCCAGAAGCGCCCGUAAGAGGAUCGCUGCGGGGACUCUCUUUUCUUUUGCCGGUAUCCGUCUGCCAACAAACGGGCAGUAUGGCUUGCUCGUUUUCUGCUGUGACUGCAUAAUUGACUCUGCUUUUAAAGAGAGAGAAAAUGCUCUUCUGGCAGAAGCCACAGUAGGAUGAUGUUCAAAUGAAUGAAACGUUUUGGACACAUGCUGUCCAUUAUUGAUCGGAUUUACUGUAUGCUAUGCGUAAGUCUGGUUGAAUUGCUCAGCAUGUUUAUUUUUCGAAAUCAUAAACAUUACUUACAAAGUGAAUUCUUGAAGACUGAAAUGUAUCCAAAAAGAUCAUUCACUAAAUGCACUUGAUUAAUCUCGGGUUAUUUAACCUUUUCAUGCCCAAAGCCUUGAUUACAGUAGCUGUUUCUGCACUAAGCCUUGCACUAUAGGUCUUCUUAAACAUAAAAAUGUGAAAGCUGUCAAGGUUCUUCUCCUUAGUUUAAUUAUCCCUAUACUUGUUCAUCUUCUACCUGCAGUCCUACUCCUGAGACAGAAUUCUUACACUCCUCUUUCCAUCUGCAAUAGAACUGUACAGACUCUCUGAUUUGUGCCAUUGCCUAAACCAAGGGUGGGCAAGGAGGACCUUGUCUGUUUCUGGAUAAAACACCAACUUCUGAUCUUAAUUAUUCCUUCACCACAAUCAUAUGCAAGAGCUGAUAUUAAAUUUAUUGAUUUUAUUAAAAAUAACUGUCUUUGUGUCCCUGAAGGGAACAUUUUACUGUGGCCUAAUCUGUGAGUGAAUCAGCAUUAUUUUAGCUGAUUAGCCAUUUUAAGCACAUUAAUGGAUGGGAAUUGAAUUGUCCACUCGUGACCUAAAAGACCUUAAAAGUGCUAUUCACUUGUUUCUUUAUUGCUAUACUUGUUCACUGUUUAUUAUGUAGUGUUCUUGAUGGUCAUAUAUGAAUUUCAUUGUGAUUUUCCUCCUUGAUGUUUGAUGUUCUUCAGCUUCCUUUUAACUGAGAUGUAAUUUAUUUUCUUAUCUGUGUUUUGUGUUCCAAAAAAUAGCAAAAUAUUGUAAGCACUGAUAUGUAGGGAAAAAAUGACAUGCUGUGUUUCUUGUUUAUUGAAUGUCGGCUGACAUCAGUACUGGUGUCAAAUUAUUGGAAAAUAGAAAAUGUUGUAACUUUAAGCAGCUGUGUACAAAAUGUAAAAUCCUUUGUUGUUACAUGCUGCACAUGGAUUGUUGUGUGUUAAUAAAGUUGCGCAGUUUACAGUUCAUUGAAAAAAUAUGUGAAAAAUUUUACAUUGUUUCAGCAAGUAUUCCAGUACGCAAGAGAAAAAUGUGCAUGCAUUUUUCUACAGGGUUUAAUCUUACUCUUUCAUAUUUUAGAAUGCAGAAUAAAUUCAGAAUAAAGUAA